AUGGCAAGCCCCUAUGAAGUUGAACAUGGCAUAAAGCCCAGCACAACCACGAAACCCACUCGACGCCCUUCAAUGUCCUCCUUCUUCGCCCAACUCUCCCAAAUCGAAACCACAAACCCGCAUGCCCAGCCCACCCCCGUGGAAGUGAGCGCCGCCGAGCGCCUCCUCCAAGACCAACUGACCACGCUCCGGCUCUCCGCACCCACCGAGUCCAACCAAGCGCUCCUGACAGAACUAAUCUCCGCAAUUGAAAUGCAAAUCGAGCACCCCCCAGAGAAGGCCGCUGGAGUGCCGCAGUCGUAUCUGGAUGAGCUGGAUCGGGUGCCGAAGAAGCUGUUGAAGAAGACUGAUACGUGUCCGAUUUGUGGAGAGGCGUUCUUGGAUGAUGAGUACCCGCUUGUGGUGCAGUUGCCGUGUCAUAAGACGCACCGGUUUGAUCUGGAUUGUGUGGGGCCUUGGUUGAGGAUGCAGGGGACGUGUCCGUUGGAUCGGAAGGAAUUGAUGAAGAAGAAAGAGGUUCCCAAGCCGGUUGAGGAUGAUGAGGAAGAGGAUGAUGGUGGGAUGUAUGCUUAG